AUGCGCUUUUCUACCUCUUCCGUCCUGCUGGCGGCAAGCAGUCUGCUAGGAGCUGCUCUCGCACACAAUAUCCAGCUGGCGGCGCAUGGGAGGGAAUGCUUCCACGAGAUGCUGCACUCAGACGACAAGAUGACCGUUACCUUCCAGGUUGGCGACAGGGAAUUUGGCAGUGCUGGCAAUUUAGAUAUCGACUUCUGGGUCCGCCUCUCCAAGAGAAUCCAAAACCCAUCCAACGGCUACGAGUCCCACGAACGGUCAGUAUCGAAUGGUGACCAUUCUUUCACAGCUAAGCACGACGGCAAAUACACGUACUGCUUCAGCAAUGAGCACUGGUCAGCAUCAAGCAAGGAUGUUUCCUUCAAUGUGCACGGCAUAGUCUACGUUCCAGAGGCAGAAGCGCCAUCAGACCCAUUAGAGGCCGAAGUCCGACAACUAUCUGAGCUCCUCUCCCAAGUCAAGGACGAACAAUCAUAUAUCGUAAUCCGAGAACGAACCCACCGAAAUACAGCAGAGAGCACAAACGGCAGAGUCAAAUGGUGGAGUAUGUUCCAAAUAGGGGUCCUGGUUGGAGAAGGUAUCUUCCAGGUCUGGUGGUUGAAAAGAUUUUUCGAGGUAGGCAAGAACAGUGCCGAGCGCUUUGGAGUCCUGAGCCGGUAG